UGGAGCUGUUAGAGGGGAUGCGGACUUUCUUGAAGGCAACUCCGACUCUUUGCGGUUCCCACAUCCACACUGACAGACCCGGAGCUUCGGGAACCACCAACAUUUGGACGAGCUGUCCGCUGGUGGAGAUGUCGCUCCGAAUCUACAUUCUAACGUUGGCCCUGUGGUGCCCCGUCAGCGCGCAGCUCCCGGAGCUGGCGGACGUGUGCACCGAGGGGAGCUGCUACCCCGCCACAGGUGACCUGCUGAUCGGCAGGGCGCACAAGCUCACCGCCUCCUCCACCUGCGGCCUGGAGCGGCCGGAGACCUUCUGCAUCGUCGGGCAUCUGGAGGAGGACACAAAAUGUUUCGAGUGCAACUCCAUAGACAUGUACGAGGACAACACCAAUAGCCACACCAUCGAGAACGUGGUCACCACCUUCGCCCCCAACCGCCUCAAAACCUGGUGGCAGUCAGAGAACGGUGUGGAGAACGUGACCAUCCAGCUGGACCUGGAGGCCGAGUUUCACUUCACGCACCUUAUCAUGACCUUCAAGACGUUCCGUCCGGCGGCCAUGAUCAUCGAACGGUCCAUGGACUUUGGAAACACGUGGCAGGUCUACAGAUACUUCGCCUACGACUGUGGCAUGUCCUUCCCCGACGUGUCCACUGGACCCAUGCUCCGGGUGGACGACAUCGUCUGCGACUCGCGCUACUCGGACAUCGAGCCGUCCAGUGAAGGAGAGGUUAUAUUUCGGGUGCUGGAUCCUGCCUUUAAGAUUGAGGACCCCUACAGCCCGAGGAUACAGAACAUGCUGAAGAUCACCAACCUGCGCGUCAACUUCAUCAAGCUCCACACUCUGGGCGACAACCUGCUGGACUCGCGCGACGAGGUGACGCAGAAGUACUACUACGCGCUGUACGACAUGGUCGUCCGCGGCAACUGCUUCUGCUACGGCCACGCCUCGCAGUGCGCGCCCAUGGAUGGAGCGCCCACCGGAGCCGAGGGCAUGGUCCACGGCCGCUGCGUGUGUAACCACAACACCGAGGGGCUGAACUGUGAGCGCUGCCAGGACUUCUACCACGACCUGCCCUGGAGACCCGCCGAGGGACGGAACACCCACUCCUGCAAGAUGUGCGAGUGUAACCGCCACGCCACCUCCUGCCACUUCGACCUGGCCGUCUACCUGGCGAGCGGCAACGCCAGCGGCGGCGUGUGCGACGGCUGCCAGCACAACACGGUGGGGCGUCAGUGCGAGCAGUGCGCGCCCUUCUACUACCAGCACCCCAACCGCGACCUGAGGGACCCGGGCGUCUGUGAACCCUGUAACUGCGACCCGGACGGCUCGCUGCACGGCGGCGCGUGCGACCCGAGGACGGACGUGGCCGCGGGGCUGAUCUCGGGCCAGUGCCGGUGCAAGGACAGCGUGGAGGGCGAGCGCUGCGACCACUGCCGCCAGGGGCACUUCGGGCUGGGCCAGGGCCCCCACGGCUGCCUGCCUUGUUCCUGCAACCCGCUGGGCACGCUGCCUGGAGGAAGCUCCUGCGAUCCACACUCGGGAAGGUGCUUCUGCAAACGGCUCGCCGACGGACACAACUGUGACCAGUGUCUGCCGGAGCACUGGGGCCUGUCCAACGACAUGGACGGCUGCAGGCCGUGCGACUGCGACAAGGGCGGCGCCGUGAACAACAACUGUGACCCCCACUCAGGACAGUGCGUGUGCAGGGAGCACAUGUUCGGGCGCCGCUGCGACCAGGUGGAGUCCGGCUUCUACUUCAUCGCGUUGGACCACUACACCUUCGAGGCAGAGGAUGCUAGGCUGGGUCCCGGCGUGACCAUGGUGCCGAGAGCUCACCCGCAGGGCCGGAGCCCCACGUGGACCGGCGUCGGCUUCGUUAACGUGCCAGAGGGAGAAUAUUUAGAGUUCGACAUCAGCAACCUCCCGGACACUAUGGAUUAUGACAUCCUCAUCCGCUAUGAGCCACAGCUGCCUCAGCAGUGGGAGCUGGUGGACAUGACCGUCCGCCGCCCUCUCAUCGACCGUCCGGACAACUUCAGCUACUGCAGCAGCCAGAGCGAGGACGAGCAGUCCACCUCCCUCCCGCCCGGAUCCAGGCACGUGCUGCUGAGGUCCCCAGUGUGUUUGGAGAAGGGACUGAACUACACGAUCCAGCUGAGUCUGCCCCUCUACUCGUCAGACAGCGACGUGGAGAGCCCGUACACGCUCAUCGACUCACUGGUGCUGAUGCCUCGGGUCAGGGAGCUGGACGUGUUCCAUGGGAUCGACGGCGAGGGCGCGUGGAACAUGUUCCAGCGCUACCGGUGUCUGGAGAGCAGCCAGAGCGUCGUCAAGAGCCCCAUGACCGACAUCUGCGAGGAGUACAUCCUCAGCGUCUCCGCGCUGCUGCAUAACGGCGCCAUGGCGUGCCAGUGUGACCCCCAGGGGUCGCUCAGCGCCGUGUGCGAGCCCAGCGGGGGCCAGUGCCGGUGUCGGCCCAACGUCGCCGGCAGGAGCUGCGAGCAGUGCGCCCCGGCAACGUUCCUGUUCGGCCCGGCCGGCUGCAGGCCCUGCGGCUGCGACCCCCAAGGCUCCGUCAGCGCCUUCUGCCACGAGGCCACCGGCCAGUGCACGUGCCUCCCGGGGGCGGCUGGGCGCCAGUGUUCCCACUGCCUGCCGGGGUUCUGGGGUUUCCCCCAGUGCCGCCGCUGCCACUGCAACGGCCACAGCGAGUACUGUGACCCCCAGAGCGGCGUGUGCCAGGGCUGCAGAGACUUCACCGUCGGGCACCACUGCGAGAGGUGUUUGAGUGGUUACCACGGCGACCCAGCGCUGGGCUCCGGAGGCCAGUGUCGGCCCUGCAUGUGCCCCGACGGGCCCCGCAGCGGAAGGCAGUUCGCCGACAGCUGUUACCUUCUGGCUGAUACCAGCCAGCUGGUGUGUGUGUGCAGCCCUGGCUACAAAGGCUCCAGGUGUGACGAGUGCGCUCCGGGCUACUUCGGGAACCCUCUGGUGCCUGGCGGGAGCUGCGUGCCCUGCCAGUGUAACAACAACAUCGACAUGCAUGACCCCGGGUCCUGCGACGCCCAGACCGGCGUCUGUCUCCGGUGCCUGUACCACACGGACGGGUACCGGUGCCAGCACUGCAAACCGGGUUACUACGGCAACGCAGCCUCCCAGAGCUGCAGGAGGUGUAUGUGUCACUCCGAGGGCACGGUACCUCAGGCCUGUUCAUCCGCUGAUGAGUGCCAGUGUGACCAGAACACGGGCCAGUGUCCCUGCCAGCCCAAUGUCGUGGGUCAGACCUGUGACCGCUGUGCCGCAGACACCUGGAACAUUAGCAGCGGGACGGGCUGCCAGCGGUGCGACUGCGACCCCGUCCACUCCUCCAGAUCCUCCUGUAACGAAGUUUCUGGACAGUGCAUAUGCAAACCUGGCUUUGGUGGCAGGACAUGCCGGGAGUGCAAAGAGCUGUUCUGGGGGGAUCCAGAAGUCAAAUGUCACGCUUGUGAUUGCGACCCUCGGGGAAUCUCCAGCGGGCAGUGCCACCGUGCCACAGGCCAGUGCGCCUGCGUGGAGGGCGUUUCCGGCGCGCGCUGCGACAAGUGUGCCAGAGGCUACGUGGGCAAGUUCCCGGCCUGCGAGCGCUGCCACCAGUGCUUCGCCGGCUGGGACAGCGUCGUCGGCGAGCUGGUCAACCAGACCCGGCGCCUGGAGGCCCAGGUUACGGAGCUCCAGACCAGCGGGGUGACGGCGCCUUACAGAGAGCUGAUCAGCAGCCUGGAGAGGAACGCCAAGGCCGUCAGAGACAUCGUGGAGAGCGACCCCGCGGCAGCGAAGCUGGAGCAGAUCCAGGAGCUGAUGCAGCAGAUUAUCGGCUUGAUGUCCUACCUCAACGGAGAGGUAAACACGACGAGGGAGACGCUGGACCGGCUCCACGCUGACUCCAAUGCCACCAGCUCCGGUCUGGACGCGCUGACGGACGAGGCCAAACAGCUGGAGCUGAGGGUCCAGGAUCUGACGCAGCUGGUGUCCAACAUCAAAAACGCCAACAUCCAGGGUGCCAUGGACAGCAUCAGGGAUGCGCACGAGCAGUCCCGGAUGGCGGAGGCCCGCGCCAACGCCUCCACCAGCGACCCCACAAACACGGUGAAGCAGUCGGCCGCCACACGCAAAGAGACAGAGGACCGACUGAGCAGCGGUCAGAAGGAGUUCGACCGCAGGCACCAGAGGAACGAACAGAAGCUGGAAAAGCUGUCCAACGAGCUGGAGAAGUUUGACCUGUCACCGCUCAGCGAGAAGACGUGCGGAGGUGCGGCUGAAGGUGACGCCUGCUCCGCCUCCCCCUGCGGCGGAUUGGGCUGCGUCGGCCAUGAUGGAGCAGCUCACUGCGGAGGGGAGGGAUGUAAAGGUCUUCAUACAACCUCCCAGAGUGCGCUGAAAUCUGCCAAGAACCUGGACCAGGAGAUCCAAGCAGCCAUGCAGGAGGUGGACAAGCUCUCUCGGAUGGUCUGGGACGCCAGCGUGCGAGCGAACGAGGCCAAGGCCAAUGCUCUGGAGGUGCUGAAGAAAUCCAACCGCAGCAAGGAGCGGGUGGAGCAGAGCAACGACCAGCUUCGCAACCUCAUCCAAGACAUACGAGACCUUCUGACAAACGAGAAGGCAAACAUGUCCGUGAUCGAGGCGGUGGCCAACGAGGUGCUGGCCCUGGAGAUGCCCACCUCGUCAGAGAAGCUGCAGGAGCUGACGAAGGAGAUCAGGGAGAAGGUCGGCACGCUGACCAGCGUGGAGACGAUCCUGAGCCAGAGCGCUCAGGACAUCCAGGCUGCCGAGGCGCUGCUGAGGCAGGCCAAGACCGCCAGUGAGCAGGCGUCCAACAAGAAGGUUGCCGCAGAGACAGUGAUGGCAGCCCUAGAUGAGACUGUGCGGGCUCAGAACAUUGUCAAGGAGGCCAUCCAGCUGGCCCAAAACAACACCAAAGGAACCAUGGACCUCGUGGAAUCUGUGGACACAGAGACGGCUAAGUCAGAGCUCCGGCUGGGCAACACUACGGGUCGUCUGGUGCAGCUGGAGAGGGAGAUUGGCCUUCUAAGACAAAACAGGCUGGAAAUGGACCAGACUGUAGAUAGGGUUGAGCGGAUCACAGAGAAGGCCCAAGUGGAUGCAGAAAAGGCCCAGCAGGAGUUUGAGGAAAAGGUGAAAGACAAAUUCGAGCAGGUGGAGGACCUGAUGGUGGAUAAAGGGGAGGCUGUGCUGCAGGCGACGAGAAAAGCUACCGAACUGCAGCAAGAGGCCAUAGAGCUGCUUGAUCAAAGCAGUAGGAAACUACAGAGACUCGGAGAGCUGGAGAAAUCGUACGAGGCCAACCAGCUCAUCCUGGAGUCCAAAGCUGCAGAACUGGCUGAGCUGGAAAAAAUCGCCCGUCAGAUUCUGGACGAGAUAAGCUACAAAGUGUUACUGUACAGCACCUGCCAGUGAUGGCAGUGGUGCCUAUGUCUGGAAAGCAUUCGAAAAUACUUUCUCCAAAUGGUCCUGAGUGUAGUUAUAGUUAUGUUCAGCUCACCAUGUUCUGUUUUAUGAUGCCAAGAUCAUUUUACAGGUCAUACACAAAAGAGAAAGGGCCACUGUGACCUCAGUGCUAGCAACCAAAAAUGUGGAAAAUAUAAAAUACUGUGGCUGUAUAAGCUACAACGUGUGUGUAUUUAUACAUAUGACUAAACAUUAAACAUGAACGUUUUGUAUGUUCUGUAGAAUAAGAUCAGAUAUUAACAGUGUGGACAAAGAAUUAAACACAUUAAUGAAUAGUACACUUAACAUUCAAGUGCCUAUAUAGAAAAGGUUAUAAACUGGUUUUGAACAGAAAUUGUUUUGUACUUUUGACAAAUAUUUAUUCCCAUUAAAAUAGAUCAAGCUCUGUGAAAUAAAAUUAUACUCAUGAAGAGGACAAUCCCA